AAAUACAAAAGUCAGACUCUGAACUGACAACAUGAUGCUGAGGGAGAGCCAAGAGGCGGUACCGAGCGUUUGAAAUGUUUGCUGCAGCUGAUUUUGGGGCCAGUAUGCCGGCAUUUUUUUCAAACCCGUGCACAGUGAGAUUUUGCCGAAUGACGGAAGACCUGCACUGUUGCUGCUGCUACCGGUAUGUGAGCGACUUCACACGCUGAAGGUAAUAAAAAACCGGCUCGGUGUUUAUUUUUUCUCUCUCUCUCUUGCAUCAAUUUGAUGCUGCGUGAGGCUGCUGGGCGAUGAUACAUCGGUGGGGUUUGACUGUGUGAAUUGGCAUCACUUCAAGUCUGAUUGGACUGUUCGACUCGGCUAUGUAGACUAAAUUCGUGCAAUUAGGACCGUUUUUGAUGACCCGCCUUGCGACAAAAAAAAAUGCCUUAUUUCGACGCGAGGUGCGAAGAUGCUUGUACCUGUGGUUGUGUCUUUGCUGCGGCACACUCCGGAGCUCCUCGGCUCAAGGCACACACACCUAACCUCAGCUGAAGAGAAGACAGCAAGCAAUCAAGUGCUUUACCACCCAACAUAAGCCAUACGAGCCCGCGCAUGUAUGCGGGGAAAGGCCGAGCUACUGACACUCUAGAGGGAGUCGUUUGUUGCACUGAGGUUUGAGGGGUUCCCAUGAACUGACACAUCUCCAAAUCCGUCUGAGGACUGCUGUGAGCUUACAAGCUUCCUGAUGAUUUCUGGAGAAGAGCCCUGAUGCAUCUUGUGAGUGUGAAAACUCAAAGAGCCCUUUUGCCAGGUUUGCAUCACCAGACAGGAGACAGAGCAGACGGUAACUCUGUGUGUGUCAUGUUAGAGGCUGGACUCCUGCCUGCUCCCUCCAGCUCUCAGCCAAAAUCUCUGACCUCCCCUGUCUGAGCCCUUUUCAGGAGCAUCACUGCUUUGCCACAACAGCACAACGGGGGAACAGUGUCAAGCAGCACCAACCGUUUACAGACAUUAUUGUUUGUGUGACUUCCUUAAAAAGCCCCCUCCCAGGAAACCAGGGUCAGGAUGCAGGUGUCCUUCGCCUGCACUGAGCACAACCUCAAGAGUCGUAGUGAGGACCGACUUUGUGGCCUUCGCACCGCUCCACCUCCUGGAGGAAGCAGUGGAGGAGGAGGGGGAGGCGGUGGUGGAGGAGGAGGAGGUUGUGGGGGUGGUGGUGGUGGUGGUGGUGGAGGAGGAGGAGGAGGAGGUAGUGGACAAGGGAGUAAUGGCAACUACAUGUCCCAAGGCUCAGUCAAGACUAGGGACGGGUCCGGGUCCCGUCAGGCCCCACACGGCCAUGCCCACAUGAAGGAGGCCAUUGGGCGCCACACCAGUAUGAAGUACAGAAACCUGGGGAAGUCAGGCCUACGUGUUUCCUGCCUCGGGUUAGGCACCUGGGUGACAUUUGGAUCACAGAUCUCUGAUGAGAUGGCUGAGAACCUGAUGGCCAUAGCUUAUGAGAACGGAGUGAACCUGUUUGACACAGCAGAGGUGUACGCUUCUGGAAGAGCGGAAAUCACUCUGGGGAACAUUAUCAAGAAGAAAGGAUGGAGGCGUUCAAGUUUUGUCAUCACAACAAAGAUCUACUGGGGAGGCCAAGCAGAAACAGAGAGAGGACUCUCUAGAAAGCACAUUAUUGAAGGUUUAAGAGGAUCCUUAUCCAGACUGCAGCUAGAUUAUGUGGACAUCGUUUUUGCCAAUAGAAAUGAUGUCAACAGUCCGAUGGAAGAGAUUGUACGGGCCAUGACGUUUGUAAUAAACCAGGGUAUGGCCAUGUACUGGGGAACCUCACGCUGGAGUGCCAUGGAAAUCAUGGAGGCGUACUCAGUGGCACGCCAGUUCAACCUGAUACCACCUGUGUGUGAGCAGGCAGAGUAUCACUAUUUCCAGAGGGAUAAAGUCGAGGUGCAGCUUCCUGAGCUCUACCACAAGAUCGGUGUUGGAGCGAUGACCUGGUCUCCACUUGCUUGUGGAUUAAUCACAGGGAAGUACAGUGAUGGCGUACCAGAGUGCUCCAGAGCAUCAAUGAAGGGAUACCAGUGGCUCAAGGAGCGAGUGAACAGCGAGGAGGGCCGCAGGCAGCUCGCUAAAAUCAAGGAGCUCCAUCUACUGGCGGACAGACUGGGCUGCACCGCUGCACAGUUAGCCAUAGCCUGGUGUCUGCGCAGUGAGGGAGUCAGCUCAGUACUUCUGGGUGUUUCUAAUACAGACCAGCUACUUGAGAAUCUGGGUGCCCUCCGGAUUUUAUCCCAAAUGACCCCUCAAACCAUUACCGAGAUUGAUGCCCUGCUGGGAAAUAAACCACACUCAAAGAAAGAGUUGCGUGCUUGAAGAUGCAAAUCUGAGUGAAUGAUGAUGUUUCAAGAAGAUGAAGAAGACACGGACAAUGGGAAACAUCGCUUUUUGCUCUGCUGUAUACUCAACAACUUGCAUGUUCUCAGCAACAUUAUGCUUCCAGUAUGUGCGCAUAUCCAUUUUGCGCAGUACAUUGUGUCAUGUAUGAAAAAAAAAUCUCUCAAUUGUGGCAAAAAAAAAAAAAACACUUCAUAGAUUGCUCACUGCCAAUAGCUCACAGACUAAUUAUUUUUACAGAGGCGGAGGCUGAAGUUGGUUGGAGCGACAGGUCUCUGCCUUCCACAGAGACCAAGAGAGGUUGAAAGAUAUCCAACUGUUGUCAGAGCAGAUUUGACUCUAAUUAAUCAAAUCAAAAACACCUCUGUGCUAAAAUGCAACUUUACUGAGUGAACGGUGCUUUCAUUGGACAUCUGAGUCUCCUCCCCUCGCAGCUGCCUGUUAUUCUGUAUGAUGUUUAGUACCCAGCAGCCAGAGAGCCAAAGGUUAGUACUCAUGUGUCUAGCCUAACAUUUCCCAUAGUGUGCAUGUGACUGGUCUGCCACGCUCACUGCUUUACAGGGUUGGGAACAAUGGAUUACUUGUAGAGUCAUUACUGUGAUCUGACUGUUAAAAAACAACCUAAUCCAGUCUGGUAUAACUGUAGAACAGAUCACAUGUGUUUAAAAAACAUGCAAAUUGAUUUAUUACUUUCAAAGUAACGAAAUAUCGACACACAUAGAAAUAAUGAUUGAUUUUGGCACAAAUUACAUCUAAAGUAAAUGGAUGAUAUUGCAACAGCAAUUGAUUUAUUGGCUUUUAAAUUAGAGUUCAAUAUGUUAGUUAUUACAUUUUAAAAUUGGCAAUCAGGAACCAGCACUGUGUAAGACUUUGAAAACAACUUUCCCAACCCUGCUGCUUUCUCAGCAAUGUUUUUGCCUCCUCUGUUUGUAAACUGUGCGCAUGUCCCUUUAAGAGAGAAUAGCCCCAACAGGGUGUAAAUGUGGCAUGGCUUUUAUGGCUUAUGUAGAUUUGCAGUGCCCUUGUAAGCCAUUUUUUACUCUAAAUGGUCUGGCAGUUUGAUCCAGGAUCCGUUCUGAUGGGCACUCUUGCUUUAAAGACUCUCUGCGGUCUGCAGACAGGGCUGUGUGUCUGUCUGACGUAUAAUCUUUGUAUUGUCCUAAACUGUACCAAAAGAUGUUGACAUCACUUUCAAUGAUGCCAUUCUUGUGAACGGCAUCAUUGUUCCUAAGUCAGAGGUGUGAGACAUUUGGACUACAUGGAAAGGUCACAGAGGAUCUGACACAAACAUUUGGAAACACUGUGGUGAACUUGUAGUUUUCAAAUGAUAGGACAUAAAUGAUAAGUCUGAGUUUGUCAAAUGUGAUAUUACUCUUGCCACAGGUCACUUGGGGUAAGAUUUAGCAAAUGUAACUUUUUUUUUGUGGAAGCCAAAAAAUAUAGCUUCUCUGCUCAUUUCUCUGGGAGUUCUCUCUCUG